UGGUCGAGCUGUGUUGUAAAAUCGGAGAAUCAGAGAAAAUCGAGCCAGGACACACCAUAUAUAAUACACACCCAUCGCCAUUGCUAAUUAUGUGAAAAUGAAUAAUUAAUUGGUUGAUAAUUGUCGGGCUGAUUGCACGCAGUGUAAACAUCGAAAAAUAGUUGCAAAUCGCAAACGGUCAGUAAGCGUGGGCAAAAGCGCGUUUUCAAAUGUGUUCAAUUACGAAUCGAUAGCAACUCAAUUUCGGCUUCGGUAACGGAAUGUUCAAAUAAACGACACGAAUCAACAUAUCAAACUAAUUGCAAUCGAAUUUAAAUAGCGUUCAAUUAAAAGCAUGGUUCGCAAAGUCAAACCCAUAAUCACACCAUAUUCGAGUGUGUAGAGUGUGUGCGAGUGUUCAGCGAGAGAGGGAGAAGGGAAAGGAGGGGAAAAGUGGGAAAAGAAGGAGGGAAAGGGCUUCGACUCAUCGACAUCAAUCAAUUAAUUGGGACCCAAACGAGGAGGGGACGCCCAGCAGCCAAGGCGAGUCAGCCAGCCGGCCGAAGAUGGACCUGCGUAAUCUAACACUGCCAACGCCAGCCGCAACAACAAUUAUGUCCUCGUCAUCCUCGGCGGCGAUGGCGCUGGCGGGCCUCGCAUCCGGAGGACCCACAACAGCUGCCCUGGCGGGAUCCACAAUGGCAUUAGCCACGACGCUCACAACAACAGCGCCAGCACCAGCAGUGUCCACCACGCCAGCCACAUUUUUUACCUACAGCAUACCGGGCAUGGACAUUGCGCCAGGACCAUUUAUAUUCACCUACGUUAGUGAAUUUUUAUCGCUUAUCACGCCCGAGGAAUUGCCGCUGGAUUCCAUACGCGAUGUUUUACACAAAAACACCAGUCUGCUGGACUUUGCCUCCAAUGCCAUUAAAAUCGAGUCCGGUUUCAUUGCCCUGAUGAGCGUGUUCGCCAUUCUGGCCCUGGUGCCCCUGAUUGCCACCUGCGCCUGGUGCUGCGGUCGUCGCUCCACGCAGGAGGAGGUGAACCACAUCCGGAACGCGCCCUGCAACAUCCGGGAUGAAUCGCUGGAGGAGAGCCUGCGGUGCCGCAAGAGCGCCGGACUGGUCACCCUCUGGAUUGUUUUCAUCCUGCUAACGCUUAGCGACUUCAGCAUAUUCUACGCCAACAGCCGCCUGUCCGCCGGAAUCGAGAUGACGCCCGAGAUGGUCAAGUCAGCCGUGCACGACGUGGAGGUCUUCCUGAAGGACACGCAUCUGCAAAUCAAACACAAGCUCGAUAAUGGCUUCCACGUAUCAGUGGAGCGGGUCGUCAAAGACCUGGAAGACGUGGACGUCCUUCUUGGCGAACCGAUUCAAGCGGAAAUAUCCGCACACACUGGCCUUGAGUUGGCGUAUGAUUCACUGACGACACUUAGCCUGGCGAACGCGGAGCUCAUCUACCGCGUGCUCAUGCUGCAGGAGACGGUCGGCAGGGCCCUGAAACUCUCCCAGGAGGCGGCUGCCAGGAUGGAGGAGCUGCAGAUCCAGCUGUCCGUGCUGCAGCGCCAGUGCACGUACCGCGACCGCCCGCUCUGCGACACGUUGCGUAUACGCAGCUUCGAGGAGAACGGCGUCGUCGACGCCCUGAAAACUCUGCAAGAGGACCAGAGCAUCUUCCGUAUGCGCUACUUGGGCGAAAUUGAAUUCGGUGCUACUGUCAAAAAUCUGACAUCGGAAGUUGGCGUGUCACGUUCCAUUUUCAGCAAUUUCCCGCAACAAGUUAAACAUGACACGGCAUAUGAACGCAACUAUACGCUGGAGCAACUGGCGAGCAUUCGCCACCGGACGACCGCCAACGCCCAGCAGCUGACCUCCACGAUAAACGCCCUGCUCCAGCGACUGGAGGGCACCUGGUCGUCCCUGCAGCCCGGCUACAACGAGCUGAAGGAGUGGGCCAACGCCUACUGGAGCGUCGGCUGGAUCGCCGGCACGGUGAUCGUCUGGGUGAUGCUCUUCAUGCUGAUGUCCUACUGCUGCUUCCUCUGCGAGUCGAACGGCAAGUCGGGCGUGGUCUUCUUCAUCGCCGUGAUGCUCAUCUGCCUGGCCAGCAUCGGGCUCACCUUCUUCGGGGUCUUCUCCCUGGCGGUGGGCGGGAACGCCGAGGUCUUCGUCUGCCGCUCCCUGUACGAUCAGGACUACAACAUGCUGGGCAAGCUGCUGGACAAGCCGGGCUACGCCUACGCCCAGGAGCCCCAGACCGGCAUCAUCGGGGAGCUGCUGCGACCCGUCGGAGUCAACCGGUCGGUGGUCAACGUGGGUCUGGGCCAGGCCCUCAGGGGCUGCGAGCAAAAUCAAGCAUCGUACAAUGUCUUUCAAUUGGAUGCGUUCGUGAACACCAGCAAAAUAGCCGACCUGCGGCAGUUCCCCAAAGUGUCCACGGCCAUCGAUGCGAUUUCCGUGUCCGGGCGAACGCUCCUCUCCCUGACGCAGUCCGUCCAGAACAUUUUGGAGAACAUGCUGCAGACGUCCUCGUUCAACCUGACCACGUACCGCAGCAGUGUGGGUGCGCCCACGCCCGAGAAGGAUUUGGCCACGUUCAUUGAUCAGAUGCAGCGGGUGGCCUUGCAGAUUCAGGAUGUGGCCACGUCCUCGCGCAUGACCACCCUGGGCAGCCGGUCGAAGCGGCUGCAGGCCUCCAUUCUCCAGCCCCUGGAGAACCUGCAGAACGAGAUCCUGUACCACCUGACGGCCCUCGAGCUUCAGCGGGACCCCUGGGCCAAGCAGGUCAACCAGACGCUCAACCACCUGAAGAGCAUCCAGAGCUACCUGGAGAACAAGGCCGGCGAGAUCUGCCACAACAUGACGCGAGCCUACACAGAUCGCCUGAAAGCCUACUUGACCAGCAGUCGAGCCACCAUGGAGUCCCAGCUGGGCGACACCACCACCAAGUGUCGGCCCUUCUACGACACCUUCGACGCCAGCCGGACCUUCCUGUGCCGCAACAUGGUGGACUUCGUCAACGGGCUGACCUUCUUCAUCUUCCUCACACUGCUCCUCUGGGCCAUUGGCACUCCGGUGGGCCUGAAUCUGAUCACCGUGCAGACGCGGCUGAAUGUCAUGCAGGCGGCUCAGGCGCGCAGCAAGGGAAGGCAGCGGAGGAGCGACCGGAGUCCGGACCGGGAGUCGAGGGGCGGCAGUCGCGGGCGGAAGAAGCAGCGGUCGGGCAGUUCGGCGGCCAGCGGCAGGAGCGGCAAGCGGGAUCAGAGCCGGGAACGGAGCACCAGCAGCACGGCGAGGCCAAAGCCACCACUGAGACGCACUGCCACAGAGGAAACCCUGGACCUGGCCGACGAGGACUCCACGCCAUCAAGGCAGCAGCAGCAGCAACCGGUGCAAAGGCGCCAGGAGCAGAUCCAGCGGGACACGGACAGGGAGCGGGUGCGCGAGCGGGACCAGCGGAGUCGGGAGCGAGAACUGAGCCGCGGUCGCGACGUCUCCGCCGUAACCACGCCGGUGCGCAGUCGCAGUCGCCAGCAGCUGCGCCACGACCCCGAGGACGACAAUUGGGGCUCGUCCAGCGGACCCAGUAGGGCCAACUCCCGCGAGCGGGAGCGCGAAAGCAGUCAGUCCAGAAAGAUUCUGAACAUUUGGCAGUCGCGCAAUAAGAUCAAGACGCCGCUUCGCCGGCAAGGCACCGAGGAGUUCGACUUUGAGGAUGCCCACGAGGACAGAGGGUGGCAGAGCCAGCCGCCGAGCCAGGUCCACAACCAGUCGAGUGUCAGUCCGGAGCAGCGAUCCGAUACGCGCGGCCAGCGCUCGAACCUCCGUACGAAGCUCAAGUUACGUAGUGCGGACAGAGCUGGCAGUGAGACGGCCCGGCGGCCCGUGACCCCCGUGCUCAGCGUGAACCCGGACAUUCCGGCCGCCAUUCCGAUGCCCCGGACGCCGAUGCGUCUCAAGAGCAAGGUCUCGCUGACCGCCCGAGCUGUGCAGGACAUUGUCAACAAGCGGAAUCAGCGCCUCCAACGCACCGGCACCGAUGAAUUCGACUUGGACGAGAGCGAUGCCUACGGUGCUGGAGGCCAUUUGGAUGCGGACGUCGCGGCCGCCCGACGCACCCCGCCCAGGGGCGCCCCGCCGCCCCCUCCUCCGCCGGCGGCCGGCUUGAACAGUGAUCGCACGGUGCGCUGGAACAAGGACGAAGAUGUGGACUUCGACUUCGAGGAGGUCGACGCCCCGAGGAGUCCCAUGUACUUGAGCCACAACCUCCAUUGAACCCAUCGAGCAUCGCGAGCCCCACAUCUCGAGUACUGCAAUUUGUUUUGUAUUUCGCUUCUAGCACUCCCUAGAUCGUAAGCGAAUCGUAGCUUUAGCCAUCCCAUACGGUUUAGGCAUUUAACAGGCGUGAAUAAAUAAAUACUCUGUAGAGAA